GAGACAGACGACAAGUCCUCUUCGUUUCCCCGAAGGGUUCGGGGCCGCACACGAAUAAAAAUAACUCGAGGCGCAGUUCAGGGGUACAUUACGUACAGCAUCGGGGAUUCGCGGACGACUCAUUCCAGCAGCAGAGCGACUUCGAACAUCACUGUAGGGCCAUGCGCGCCCAGCAAGCAAAGCAAGCAAAGCAAGCAAAGCAAGCAAAGCAAGCAAAGCAAGCAAAGCAAGCAAAGCAAGCAAAGCAAGCAAAGCCACUUCGCCUCAGCGCCCGCGAAGUCGAGGUGCUUUGGCGCUUUGCCUUGCCGGCUUCGCUGGCGCCAUCCCAUCCCAUCCCUUCCCAAACUGCCGCUGGCAUCUUCAAGAGCGCAAGCAGUGCUGCUAUUAAGGAGAGAAUCGUGAGCUGUUUAUUUUAUUUGCAUGCCUUCCAUAAUCUCAGAAAACUGGCGAGCACGAGUGACGGCGGCUCAGUUGCUCGGUUCGGUCCAGUCCUGGUUCGGUCGGCCCUCGGCUCGGCCCUCGGCUCGGCCCCAACCAGCCCCAGCAGACAGCUGUUUACAGUACAGCGCACACGCACGCCAAACGUGAGGUUAGGAAUCCCAUGGUUUUACUCUUUUAACAAAUGAAAAUAAUUGCGAAUUUUCUCUGAAUAGUCAUUUUAUUAGUUGUAUUUGUACCGUGCGUUUAGUUAAUUGAAACCUCAGGUAUGGCAUCCACAAGUUCAAGUAAAUCGGCUGAAAUCCCAGAAACUGUGAAAGAUGCUGUUCUGGUUAAAACCACAAACUGUACAGACUUUACAGCUUGUGUGAAAGGGUAUGAUUUCAAUAAUGGAGUAGAUUAUGAUGAAUUGCUUCGAACAUAUCUAUACUCAGGAUUUCAAUCAACUCACUUUGGACUAGCGGUAGAAGAAAUUAAUAAAAUGAUAUCUCUGAGAGAGAUUCCCCUGGCAGAGGAUAAAAAGGAUGCCUUUGAAGAAGAUGUCUUUAUUAAAAGACGAAGCAACUGCACAAUAUUUUUAGGGUACACAUCAAACAUGGUCUCUUGCGGUGUCCGAGAUACACUAAGAUAUCUUGUUCAAAACAAAAUGCAUUUUCACUGGCCUAUUGCAUCUUUUCUGUAUGUCCAGAUUGAUGCAAUUGUUACAACAGCAGGUGGUGUUGAAGAAGACCUUAUAAAGUGUCUUGCUCCAACUUACAUAGGAGAUUUUAAUCUUGACGGGCGUACCUUACGAGAAAAAGGAAUCAACCGUAUAGGGAACCUUUUAGUCCCAAAUGACAACUACUGCAAAUUUGAGGACUGGGUGAUGCCUAUUCUUGAUUCUAUGUUACAAGAACAGAAAGAGAAGGGCACUCUUUGGACACCUUCAAAAGUCAUAGCCCGUCUAGGAGAAGAAAUAAACAACACAGAUUCUAUUUAUUACUGGGCUGCCAAAAAUCAUAUUCCUGUAUUUAGCCCUGCCCUAACUGAUGGAAGUUUGGGGGACAUGAUGUUUUUCCAUUCAUAUAAAAAUCCUGGCCUUGUUGUGGACAUUGUAAGUGAUUUAAAACGAUUAAAUUCCAUGGCAGUAAAGGCAAAUCACUCUGGUAUGAUAAUUAUUGGUGGCGGGGUUGUGAAGCAUCAUAUCUGCAAUGCCAACCUUAUGAGAAAUGGAGCAGACUUCUCAGUUUUCAUAAAUACUGCCUCUGAGUUUGAUGGGAGUGACAGUGGUGCUAGACCCGAUGAGGCUAUUUCUUGGGGGAAAAUUCGCAAAGAUGCAAAGCCUGUUAAGGUUUAUGCAGAAGCAUCUCUGGUGUUUCCUCUUUUGGUGGCUCAAACUUUUGCAAAACAUUAUUCGAAACUACAAUCUUCCAAUGUCCCUUAGUAAUAAAAAGUUAAUAUACACAUCUGUGCUGGUAGCAUAUGACUGUGAUACAUCAUUGGCCCAUUCAGGGCAGUGUCAAGGAACAACAAGGUCCUAUGUUAAUAAUAAACAAUUGCAUAGUAAAAAAACUCAAAUAAAUUUUCAUAUUUAUUUUCA